AUGGGUGAUCCUCAGUUUAAGAUAGGCAUGAAGUUUAGGGAUUUUAAACAAUUCAAGGAUGCCGUGAAAAACUAUGGCAUUAAGAACAUAUUUGUGAUGAACUUUAGGCCAAAUGAUAGCAGAAGAUGCAAAGCAACAUGCGCAAGAGGGUGUCCUUUUUACUUGUGGGCUUCACUCAUGGAGAGAGGUUCCACUACAGUGCAAAUUAAAUCAGGGUUUAUGAAGCAUGAAUGUGCAAAGGAACAUAAGAAUAGGCAUGUGAGUGCUCCAUGGAUAGCAAGGAAAUACAGGGAACAGUUCAGGGCAGAUCCUGCUUGGAAGCUAAGUGGAAUAAUACAAGCUGUUAGGUUAAAUCAGUCAGUUGAAAUCAGCAGGCUAACAGCAUUCCGGGCAAAAUCCAUUGCUUUGAGGGAAAUAGAUGGGGAUGAAGAAACACAGAUGCAAAGUCUGUAUGACUAUAGGCUAGAGUUGAUGAAAACUCACCCAGGAUCAACUAUCAAAUUCCGAUGUGAUCAAGGAGUUUUUGAAGCCAUGUAUGUGUGCCUUGCACCACUGCGGCUUGGUUUUUUGGCUGGAUGUAGAAGGAUCAUCUCUGUUGAUGGGUGUUUUCUUAAAGGAUUGUAUGGAGGCCAGCUCCUUUCAGCUGUAGGUGUGGAUGCAAACAACUGUAGUUACCCACUAGCUUGGGCUGUUGUUAACAAAGAGACCAGGAUGAACUGGAUAUGGUUCCUGCAGUUGUUGAGUGAAGAUCUCAGUAUUGGAAACAGCCAUGGUUGGGCCUUUGUCAGUGAUAGGCAGAAGGUUUUAGUUUUAGUAUGA